CCUAGCAGCGCGCGCGCGUGGCGUGGGGGUGGUGGGGCUGCGCUACGGCCAGGCGCUGCCCUCUGCGCCCCGGCCAGGGUCGGCUCUAGCGCAGUUGUGGGUGAGGGAGGACACGCCGGGCCCCAGGAGGCCUCUCGGCCCUCCCCAUGGGGCCCCGGGCCGCCGGCCGAGGGUCACGCCCUCCCUGGGAGCGGCGGCCGUGACCGUGUGCUCGCCGCUGGCUGCGGGGACCCCGCCGCCCGCCCCGGGCCGGCCGGAGACCACGUCGGGAUGAGCCGGAGCGACCGCUCCCGGGAGGAAUCAUGCCCAUCAGCAUUAAAUUACUUGCUGUCCACAUGCAGUCUAAGAAGGGAUAUAUCUUCAUUUUCAAAAGAAGAAAAUAAAAUACCCGUACUCACUCCUGAAAACAGAUACUUAACUUCAAGAGUCACCAAAAGUUCACUUGAUGGCUGUUUUUUCUUUGAAAAUAGCUGGAAGAAAGCAGCUCUUGAAACACUAAAGAUGAAAAAAGAAUGCUCCUCAGUAUUUGGUCUGAAAGAUUUCAAGGAAGUGGGUACAAUUCCAUCUCUACCAGAAGUGCAAAGAUACAGAAAAAAUACAGAGUCUCCAUUAGAUGUGCUUAAAAGACAUCCGUAUACUCCUCUGAAGACACCUAAAAUCAGGUCAAUGAAGAGUAACCAGACAGGCAGCAUGUUAUCACUUCAGGAGAAAACAAAACGUUUUAGUUUUAGAAGUCCUCUCACUGGAGCACCACCAGAAUAUUUACAGAGACUUUCUGAGCUGGCCAUAUUAGAAUAUGAUACUAUUCGUCAGGAAACAAGCAAAAAAUUUAAAAAAGUCAAGAAACGAGAGUGUCCAGACUGCUGACAAAUACUGUUUGGGGUGAUAUUGUUUUCUUCACUGGUAUCUGAUGUAGGUGUGUGUUGUUGGUUGGUUUUGGGGUUUUUUGUUUUUUGCAGCCAUGUAUAAUAUGAUGUUCAAUGAUUUACCUAAAAGUGGAAGUGUAAA